AUGGCGAACUAUAGCCAUGCAGCUGACAACAUUUUGCAAAAUCUCUCUCCUCUCACAGCCUUUCUGAAGCUGACUUCCUUGGGUUUCAUAAUAGGAGUCAGCGUGGUGGGCAACCUUCUGAUUUCCGUUCUGCUGGUGAAAGAUAAGACCUUGCACAGGGCACCUUACUACUUCCUGCUGGACCUCGGCUGCUCCGAUGUCCUCAGGUCUGCGAUUUGUUUCCCGUUUGUGUUCAACUCCGUCAAAAACGGCUCCACCUGGACCUACGGGACCCUGACCUGCAAAGUGAUCGCCUUCCUGGGCGUGUUGUCCUGCUUCCACACUGCGUUCAUGCUCUUCUGCAUCAGCGUCACCAGGUACCUGGCCAUCGCCCACCACCGCUUCUACACCAAGCGGCUGACGUUUUGGACGUGCCUGGCCGUGAUCUGCAUGGUGUGGACUCUGUCCGUGGCCAUGGCGUUCCCCCCGGUCUUAGAUGUGGGCACCUACUCCUUCAUUAGGGAGGAGGACCAGUGCACCUUCCAGCACCGCUCCUUCAGGGCCAACGACUCCUUGGGAUUUAUGCUGCUCCUCGCUCUCAUCCUCCUCGCCACGCAGCUUGUCUACCUCAAGCUGAUAUUCUUUGUCCAUGAUCGGAGGAAAAUGAAGCCGGUUCAGUUUGUGGCGGCGGUCAGCCAGAACUGGACUUUCCACGGCCCGGGAGCCAGCGGCCAAGCAGCUGCCAACUGGCUCUCGGGGUUCGGAAGGGGCCCCACGCCACCCACCUUGCUGGGCAUCAGGCAGAAUGCAAACCCCACAAGCAGAAGAAGGCUGCUGGUCUUAGACGAAUUCAAAAUGGAAAAGAGGAUCAGCAGAAUGUUCUACAUCAUGACUUUCCUCUUCCUCACCCUGUGGGGCCCCUACCUGGUGGCCUGCUACUGGAGAGUGUUUGCCAGAGGGCCUGUGGUACCGGGAGGGUUUCUGACAGCCGCUGUCUGGAUGAGUUUUGCCCAAGCAGGAAUCAAUCCUUUUGUCUGCAUCUUCUCCAACAGGGAGCUGAGACGCUGCUUCAGCACAACCCUUCUUUACUGCAGAAAGUCCAGGUUACCAAGGGAACCUUACUGUGUUAUAUGA